ACUUUAACACAAAGGAUUAAGAAAUAUGAUUUUUGGACUCGGGGCUUUUCGGGUUUGGCCAAGGAUUUGUGGAAUCUUGGGAUUGCCGGCCACGAUCAAAUUGGGAUCAGGACAGGAAAUUAGGGUCAGGGAUCUUAUAAUUCAAGUUGCUGGAAAGCCCCUCUGUAUCGUACCCCUUAGAAGUACUCUGAGGCAAAUACUAUCGUAAUUCAAAUAGUUAGUUUCAUUAUGGCUAAUGCAGAGCAGCAGUGGGUUACAAUGAUGGAGGCGAAGGUCCAACAGACGGAGGCUGCAUUAACGCAGCUUUAGCUUCAAUUAACCGAGGAAAAAAAUAUAGACCUUGUGGGGUUAGAACCAAUCUCAACAACCCAGACGUGUAUGAUGGGAGGGCAGAUGUGUCUUGCGUUUGCAAAUCGCUAUAUCAAAUGGAACAGAUGUUUGCAGCGGAACGGGUUGCAGCCGGACGUGAUGUCGAAGAAGCAGUGAAGUUACAAUAUGCUAGUACGUUUCUUAGUGGCCGUGCAUUGUCGUGGUAUCGUGAGAAUGCGGGGCGGUUUAACACUUGGGGCGAUAUGUCUGCCGGUCUGCAAACUAUAUUCUUGGCACCAAAUUGGGAGAACGACUGCCGCGAGAAGAUUAUAGUAGUACAUCAGGUUGGUUUGAUGCGUGUAUAUACUGAAAGGUUCCAGGAGCUACUACUCAAUGUACCGCGCAUUGCUGACGAGGUGAAAGUUACCAUCUUCAUUCGUGGACUGAAGGAUCAGCUGAAGAUGGAAGUUCGUCUUAAACAUGAAAUAAGCCGGGCCUCCACAUUAGACUCUAUGUAUAAACGUACUCUUAAGCAGUACGCAAAUUAUAAACGUACUCUUAAUAGUACGAGGAACUUGUAGAAAUACGGCCUCCGGUCAGUCUAAAAUAUCAAGAUCAAUUGAGAUAAUACAUUGGUUUUUAUUUGUAUUUUAAAUAAUUUAAUACAAGACCUUUUUCCAAUAUUUCCAAAGUGUUCUAAAUUCACUUUGAUGGCUCCAAUAGCCUGGGUAUUUGGUAUGACUCAUCUACUUGGACCUAUUUGAGACAUUAGUAGAUGUAGGAUACUAUAAACUAAAUUUUAUAAUCUCCGAACUGCUACUUAUAGAUUUUGGUCCUCCCGCUCUUUUUUUAACUUUUCUUCAGAUGGAACUUUAUUUAUAUCAGCUAAUGUAUUAACGUAACGUGACUUACGUUAUUAUGUCUAUCUACAAAUUAGGCAUGUGGUU